CAGUUUUUGUGUCUGAAAACUCCAAAAUGACCAUUGACCUGAUGAUCAAGAUGGCCCACGCCAUGGCAGCCACUGGGCGCCUGGACGAGGCCGAGGAAACGAGUUUGCGCUCCGGCCUGGAACGCGCUGCUUCUCAUCGCAUCCGAUCAACUGACCUUGUCAACAGUCACGAUGCCUUGAACAUGAGUACAGUCUCGCUGUCAAGUGCGGGACAACUCCCACUGCGGCAACUGUCACAGGAGGAACUCGCAAAAGAACAACUGAUCGAAGGCGACGACUCAACAAAAUGCCACCUUAGCAGACGUGACGGCUCGCCAAGUUUAAGUUGGGAAAAUAAGCAAAACAUGAAAAUGGAGGGAACACGAGCGAGUCAUUCGCCACCAAGGCACGAUGAGCCUGUGGCAAAACGGAAUGAUUCAUUCACCGACUGACAUUCGGAAAUACUGUAAUUUCAGUUGACUGCCUUGAGAAUUCCUUGUGAUUUUAUGUACGGGGUGAACCAAAAAUAAAUUGUGGUCCCUAAAAA